CAGGCACACUCUUGUGCAUCUGCUUUCAUCAUCCUCUCAAACAGAACUGCAUCCAGCUCCAUCACUGACAUCAAAUCAGGCUAGGAUCCACAGCAGAAGAGAACAUUUCAAGCUGUGUUUUGGAGAAAAAAGACAGAAACUCAUCAUGUCCUUUGAAGUAAAGGAGAAGACAGAGGUGCGUUUGGUGUUUCUGGGAGCAGCAGGAGUGGGGAAGACAGCCCUGAUCCAACGAUUCCUCAAAGACACCUUUGAGCCCAAGCACCGGCGCACAGUGGAGGAGCUUCACAGGAAGGAGUACGAUGUGGCGGGUGUCAAAGUCACCAUCAACAUCAUGGACACCAGUGGCAGCUACUCCUUCCCCGCCAUGAGAAAGCUCUCCAUCCAGAGCAGCGACGCCUUCGCCCUGGUGUAUGCCGUGGACGACCCGGAAUCCUUGGAGGCAGUGAAGACUCUUCGAGAGGAGAUCCUGGAGGUCAAAGAGGACAAGUUCACACCGAUUGUGGUGAUAGGCAACAAGAUAGACCGCCUCGAUGAGCGUCAGGUGUCCAGCAAGGACGUGCUGUCCACAGUGGAGCAGGACUGGAACAACAGCUUCAUGGAGUCCUCCGCCAAAGACAAUGUCAAUGUGAUUGAAGCUUUCAGAGAGCUGCUCCAGCAGGCCAAACUGCCCAGCAGGUUCAGCCCGGCACUGUGCCGGAGACGGGAAACCUUCCCCAAGGAGAGCAACCAACGACCCUCACUGAACAAGACCAACAGCUGCCUCAUUUCAUAAGGAUGAGGAGCUACUUGGAAGGCCAAAAGAGAAUGUAAAAACUGAUCACAAGAGACUGAAAGGACUUUGUUAGGGAGCUAUAUACCAAGGGAUAGUGUUAAAGACUGGCUUGAAAGCAUGCCAUCAAACUUCGCAGCAGCACUGGAGCCGAAGAGAUUCUACAAUGAGGACAGACGUGUCAACAAAUAUCAGAUUCAAGACUAAUGUGGUUGAAUUUGUCUUUAAAAAAUGUGCACUUACUGUGAAUGUUAAAAAAGUGGGGGUAAUAAUUGGUGUAGAAGCAGCGUUAUGUUCAAAUGUAUGCAAGGUUUUAUUUUGAAGUUUGUGUUACUGGUGUCAAAUAAGUGCAAUAAAUGUGAAGUGAUGGGUAUUCAUGCAAAAGUGUGUUUGACAUAAGAUGGUUUGAAGAAGUGAACAACACAAGGAGAACAGUUUAUAUUUUUGUACAGCUGCACAUGUUGUGAAUUAAUGUACUUGCUGAUGUUUAUCUUUCUUUUUAUUUGACUUAUUAAUAAAGCUUUCUUUUGAA